AUAUAAUCUGGUUAAGUAUUAUUUCGUGGGGCGUAUUGUUGGUAAUUUUGAGUGGGAAUCACAAUGAGAGUAUUUUCCAGAACGGCCCGUGGUUAGUUUCGAAGUUAUAGCUGAACGUUUCCACUCAGGGACCACACACCAGCAGAGACUCCGGGAAUAUGCCCCCGGGAAACCUUGCCCUCAGGUUCAUAUUUAUAAACGUCUCCGGAUCCUAUUACUACUAUUUCCCAAGCCCACAUGCGUAGUUUUCCCGUUCAAUGUGCAGAAGUCGGGUACAACUAUCACCGGCAUCACAAAACCGUCCAUGAAGACCCCUGUAAAUGUUGCUACUAUAAAAAAAAUAUACUACUACUACUAAUAGUUUAUUGGGCUAUUUUCAGUUCUAUUACAUCACACAGACACCAGAGAAACACUUCCUGACAGUGUAAGCCGAUGCAUUUGAGACUACCAAUGGGUGACCUGCCCCCUUUCACUCAUUACCUGUACUCAUGUAAUCCCCCCCCUUCCAGGCUACCGGUGGGUGACGUAUGUGCUGUUAGCCACCCUGGGACUGUGUCUCGUUCCGUUCACGUUCGUCAAGGAGAACUACUGCCACCCCCAUUUUCAGCUUAAUGGCGGGUAAGACCAAAUACACUGUUCAUUACUACUAUUAAUACACACACACACUUGACAAAUAAGCCCCGACCACAACAGCCAGCCCAGCACACUCACAGAACCCACUAACCACAUGCAGCCCAAGCUGGAAAGUGGAUAACAGAUCAUGCUGUCUGUCACCAUUUAUUUGCCCCAUAACACCACCACAGCACACUUUCACUCCCACACACAGCAGCACUGCCUCACGGCACAACACCUCAGCGGAAGUGGACCUUCAUAUGUUUGGCAAUCUCUGGCUUGGUGAUGAAUCUCUUCCCACACACAUCGCACUUGAAGCCCUUAUGACCACAGUGUCUGAAGGUGUGCAUCUUCCAUACCUUCUUCAGUUUGAAUCUUUUUCCACAGACUUCACACUCAUGAUUUCUUUCAUCAGUGUGUGUAAAGGAGUGUGUGUUGAGGUUACUCUUCUGACUGAAAAAUUUUCCACAGACUUCACAUUUGUGAUUUCUUUCACCAGUGUGUGUAAGGGAGUGUGUGUUGAGGUUCCUCUUCAGACUGAAACAUUUUCCACAGACUUCACAUUUGUGAUUUCUUUCACCAGUGUGUGUAAGGAAGUGUGUGUUGAGGCUACUCUUCAGACUGAAACAUUUUCCACAGACUUCACAUUUAUGAUUUCUUUCACCAGUGUGUGUAAGGGAGUGUGUGUUGAGGUUACUCUUCAGACUGAAACAUUUUCCACAGACUUCACACUUAUGAUUUCUUUCACCAGUGUGUGUAAGGGAGUGUCUGUGGAGGCUAUUCUUCUGACUGAAACAUUUUCCACAGACUUCACAUUUAUGAUUUCUUUCACCAGUGUGUGUAAGGGAGUGUCUGUGGAGGCUACUCUUCUGACUGAAACAUUUUCCACAGACUUCACACUCAUGAUUUCUUUCACCAGUGUGUGUAAGGGAGUGUGUGUUGAGGGUACUCUUCUGACUAAAACAUUUUCCACAGACUUCACACUUAUGAUUUCUUUCACCAGUGUGUGUAAGGGAGUGUGUGUUGAGGUUACUCUUCCGACUGAAAAAUUUUCCACAGACUUCACAUUUAUGAUUUUUUUCACCAGUGUGUGUAAGGGAGUGUGUGUUAAGGGUACUCUUCCGACUGAAAUGUUUUCCACAGACUUCACAUUUAUGAUUUUUUUCACCAGUGUGUGUAAGGGAGUGUGUACUUCACAUAUAUGA